UUUAUACUUACUUCUAACUUGACAAUUAUUUAAUUACAAGUCAUACAAUACAACUACAAUGUUCUCACUCACAAAGACCUGAAUGAAUAAAUUAAAGACAAAAAGGCUACCAGAUAUGUUUACUUUGCAUACUCAAACAAGUCCCCAAAUGUAAUUAAGAAUCUUUGCUUCGUUAAUUAACAUGAACUCAAAGCAAAGAUAGGGCUGUGCAACUGAUUUUUUAUUAUUCAUAUCGUUGCCCAAAUUUUCAUUUGUAAAAUAAAUUUCAUAUUACCCUAGGUGCACGUUAAUUACAAGCUUAAAAUAAGAGACUUAAGAAAGAGGCACAGACAAAAGAGAUUAGGCAUUAUAAAGCGAUUACAAAGAGCACGAGGUUUUGCCUUAUGUAUAUAUUUUUAAUUUACACGAGUAAUGGUCGUGAUUGUGAGUGCAACUGAAAUAAGCGGUAGCGCUCAGCGCUCCCAUACCUACUAACUUUGUACGGGAGUAUUUAUGUGUGGUGUGGUGACUUCCAUUGUCUUUGGUCUAUGGAAAGAAAGAGGACAUGAGGUUUCUAAGGAUAGAUCUGGGAAGGUCAUGAUAAAAAUAAAUAUAAGUAAUACGAGUAAGUAUAUAAGAAAUUAGGUUUUUUUAAUGUAGCUUAUACCUCUUGUUUGUUUCUUGAUUUGGUUUUCACACGAAAAUAUAGAAAAUACCACGACAAUAGCGUUUUUGCCACAUUACGCACAACAGCCCUAAUCGACACUGGAAAACAAGUCUGAAUUUGAAAUUUAUUACGCUUUGAACAAUACAGAAAGAAAACGGAACAAUUUUAUGAAUUAUCCAAUUGAUGAUGCGGCUGUUACGGGCAGAGGGAAGAAUAUUUAGGGUCUGUUUCACAAAGUCCAAGUAAAGUCCUGAAUACGCUUCUUGCCACUUAUCUGACGAAUAAAGUCAUCGUAAGCGUUUCACAAUCUUCAAAUAAACUUAACUGGUAGAUAGAGUGCUCAGUUUUGUAGGAAGUUUUAUCUGACAGUUAAUUUAUGUGUUAAUUCGCUAUUUAAUACUUUACUCAGACUUUGAGAAACAAAAUCUUAGUCUCGUUAAAAUAGUGAGUUGAUUUAGUUUUAUUUUAUUUCAGAUGAUUUUCGUGAACAUCAGCGCUGAUUUCAAAAACAUGUGAUCGUCUGAUGUCGUCAAAGAAUGCUAUAUACUAGCGAGCUGACGAUUCAAAAUGAAACAGAAUUUCGAGGCGCGUGUGAGCACUCGGAGUGCGUCGGAAGCUUCUCGCACACUCCCAACACCUCCAUGCCCUUUAACUACACUGACGCCCAUCAUGGAAUGGUGUGCAUGUUUGAGACAACGACAGAGAACUUCAUGGCAUCGUCUCUUUUCCAAAUGUGUGUGCUUUUUAUGUACAGUGCCGUGUUUGUGGUGGCCCUCGUGGGCAACGGGCUAGUGUGUUUCGUAGUGCAAACGUCGCCGCGCAUGAAGACAGUAACGAACUACUUUAUAGUGAAUUUAGCGGUGGGGGAUAUUUUAAUGACGCUGUUCUGCGUGCCGUUCUCGUUUGUGUCGAUGCUAGUGUUACGCUACUGGCCCUUCGGCGCCGUUAUGUGCAAGGUGGUGAACUACUCGCAGGCCGUGUCCGUGCUCGUGUCCGCGUACACGCUGCUCGCUAUCUCCAUCGACCGCUACAUGGCUAUCAUGCGGCCUCUGAAGCCCAGGCUUGGAAAGGCCACUGCCAAACUUGUAGUAGCUGGCGUGUGGUGCGGUGCAUUAGCUACCGCUGCCCCUAUACCGAUCGUGUCUAAUUUGCAACGGCCUUCACUUUGGCAUGAAGCGUGCGAAAUUGACAUCUGUGGCGAGCUUUGGGCAAGCGCGGAGCAGAGUUCGCAGUACACGUGCGCUCUGCUGGCGCUGCAGUUCGCGCUGCCGCUGGCCGCGCUGGUGUGCACGUACGCGCGCAUCGCGCACGCCGUGUGGGGCGGCCGCCCGCCCGGCGAGGCGCAGAGCGCUCGCGAUACACGCAUGCAGCGCUCCAAGCGCAAGAUGAUCAAAAUGAUGGUAACAGUUGUCGCUGUGUUUACGAUUUCCUGGUUGCCACUCAACGUUUUUAUUGUGUUAUGGACUACCCACGAAAGCGAUGCCGAGUGGGGUGCGUGGCCGGGCAUGCCGUACGUGUGGUUCGCCAGCCACUGGCUGGCCAUGAGCCACUCGUGCUACAACCCCAUCAUCUACUGCUACAUGAAUGCGCGCUACCGCCGCGGGUUCAAACAGGUCUAUAUCUUGUAUUGUGGUACAGGUGUUGUGAGCGACGCGGAGUGGGGCGCGUGGCCGGGCAUGCUUUGCAUUUGGUUCGCGAGCCACUGGUUGGCCAUGAGCCACUCCUGCUACAACUCCAUCAUCUACUGCUACAUGAAUGCGCGCUACCGCCGCGGGUUCAAACAGGUGCUCGGUGGUUUGCUGUGUCUCAAGCAUACAGAGGCCCGCUCCUGCCAUCGGUCCAGCGUUUGCGAGGGCGUUCCUAUGUCAGAAAUGGUGGGCCUGAACUGCUCUUCGGCCCGGCGUGGCGUGGCCGGUUGCCGGUGCCGUCCCCGAAACGGCGUACUUGGCAUCAGCUCAAAGUGCAAGUGUAAUUCCCUGGAGCUAAAAGUGUGUCCAACUGCACCGAGACCCCCAGCGCCGCCGGCGCGUGCCCUCUCGGUCCGUUCCAAUUAUUUCACCUAGACUGACUUUAUUGACUUUAUAUUUGUUUCAUAUUGACCUAGAAAUUACAUCUGUAAAUUUCCGAUCUCGCAAGUUGUUUGUGCAACAGUGUGAAAAUAAACACUUGUGAUAGAAAAAUACGUAUGUAAUUCUACAAUGUUCACAUUUUACCGUUUUUUGCAGAAGUAAUAAUGAAGUGAACGCAUUAUGAAAGUGUAUUAGUAUUUAUGUGUAUCGUUUAAGCUAAAUGUGCACGAAGCGUCUUGGUUGAUUAAAGUGACUGAGUCAUGUUGAAUUAAUUAUACUUCUUGAUAAGAUUUAUACAAUUUAAAUGGAAUUUAAUGUAUUGUUGUGAUAUCAACACACAUGUCGGAUAAAAAAGGGGUACAAUACGCGGUGUGACCGCAAUCAAACAAUUUUGAUGGUUGUAUAUGUAGCUAAUCUAUAAAAUUAAGUAUUACCAAGUACUGUUUGUUAUUGUAAGUACUUAUCUGAAAUUACAAAUUUCAUAACAGAGAUAAAUAUAACUGAUUAAAAAGGAGAUAGAGGGAGAGAUUGUGACCUUUUUCCAGUUCCAGCCUAAUUGCCCAGCCAUCUUACGCUGAAAAAGGGGGUCAACCUCGGAAUGAGAAAUAAUAAGCUAAAAACUCUUAAUACCUUCAUUAUAGCAUUCAAAAAUCGUUUGCGCGUCAGAAGUUAUUCAAGGUUAGACGUGACAAAAAUUGGCUCCUUUUCUAUAAAAAAUAUGCCCUCUUAUUCAUAAAACUUUACGGACCUGAUUUAGUUCAAUUACGUUUUAUCCCUUUCUUACAAAUCCAUAAGUCAAAAUGACAGAUAAAGACAAACGAUUUAUAGCUAACUCAGGCCAGCAACGCGUUUAUGAAUAACGCCAUUAGAGCAUAACAUUUGCGAUACAUUUUUUCAUACCUACGAUCAACCGGUUUUAAGAUACAGGGCGCAGUAGGUACGCGCAGGCUCACCAUUGCGCAUUCUGCCAUACGUACUAUAAGGCAAGGUAAAUCGUGAAUAUCGGUGAAUAAUACCUUCUAUAAAGUUGGUACACUACACUACACGCUACAUAGGAAACAAAAGUUGUCUUUAUGGGAAAUAGUUAUAAAUAUUUGUCCAUGUAUGUAUAUACACAGGUUCAUAUUGAGUACCCCCUCAUUCCAGAUCGCUUUUUGAAACAUCUAUCUGAUCUUAAUCUUUUAGAGGUCUACUCGCACAUUUUUUUUUCUGACUGUACUGUACUUUCACAGUUUUUUUUACUAUUUAUCUAGACGAACUCAU